AACUUUUAUUAAAGUAAAACUUUCUAUUUUUCACUUACUAUGUUGCUAAAAUAACUAUGAAAUGUUUACAUUUAGCUUUGUUUUACAAUACCUAUAAAUGGUAGGAAAUUUGGAAAAGGACAUAAGAAAUGUUCCAAUAUUUAAACUUAAAAUAGCAAUAAGAAGAAAAAAGUUGGAUACUGAAGCAUUAGGAUUUUUCUCAAGUUCAGUUUAGUUAUGUGAUUUUUUUUUUUUUCUUUUUUUCUGGGAGAUACAUAAAUAUGUUAGAGACAUUAAAGGAUGCUGUUUUUUUAUUAUGAAAUAUGAAUUUAGAUAAAUGUAUUCUAAGCCUUUUCAUUUUAUUUAAAUGAUUAUAAAAUGUUUAAUGAUUGCUAAAUUCUUGAUUUUAAGGCCCUUUGAAGUUAAUUCAUUUAAAGGCAUUUGACUCAACAGAUGUAGCCCACUGUUUCUUUUCUUUUCUGCCUUUAGAAAACUGCAUUUAUGAAUUUUUAGUGCUUUGAAACAGUUGGGGAGAAAUACAUUUGUUUUUUGGGAUUCAUUUAAUAAAAAAAAUCAGAUCAAAGCUCUGACUAAUCAGCCAAUGAUGCAUAAUUUGUGUUUUUAUGCGUAACCAACAACAAUGAACAAUUAAAGAUUGCUGUCUUAAAAUGAUCUUCAGCUUAAUUUGAAUAAAUCACAAUUCACAUAUUUUUACUUUUUUUCUUAGUGUUUUCUAAAGAAAAAUCAACAAAUUAGUAGAUAUAAGUUAUGCUAAUUAGAGAUGGUAACAGAGGUACCAAUAAAGUAGCAAAUGGCUUCACUCCUUUUUGAAAAGUUGGUGCCGCCUUCAAAGAAUUCUCCUUAUGAGAAAAUGUACUUUGUUUUUUUCAGAAACUCAAAAAGCACUAAUGUUUUUAAAACAUAUUUUUUUAUUCUAUGAAAAUUCUAUAUUCAAAAGUGUACAAAUUAUUCAUAAAACACAAUAUUUUCCUCAAUAACUUAGAGAUCAAAACCAAACUUCACUCUAAAUUAAUUAUAUUUGUGAGUCAUUUAUUGCAAUAAAAUUGAAAAGAAAAAAAAGAAAAAACUUGACCGGAAGUGGAAGUUUAACAUCCGGUUCACACUGAAAAGCAUCACAUGCGCGCUUGUUUACAUCUGUUUAAGUUCCUUUCACUGAGCCGGAGCUUCACACCGAAGAUGUUUGGAUUCUCGAAGCAAAUGUAAUUUGUUGAGUUUUAUUCGUUAAUAGAUAGUUAAGCCCCGGACCUUCAGAAAUGAGUAGUUUCUGCUCCUUGAGCUGACUUACAUCCGGGCUCUUCUCCUUCCAUCAUGUGGACCCGGCGCGUGCGGUCGUGUUUCUCCUGCAGCAGAAGCUGCAGCUCGGCUCCCACAGAUCGUUCGGACCAGCUCCGCUCGUUCCUGGAGCUCUGCAUGGACAGACACUACGUGUCUCCCGGGGAAACGAACUCAGAUCUGUUCCAGCGGGGCUUGAGCUGCAGCUACGGACCUCUGGGCACGGAGCUGAGGAGGAACCUGCUGGAGCAGUGGUGGCACUCCGUUACCAGAGGCAGAGGUCAAGUGUUUGGGAUCAGCACUCUGAGCAUCAGUCAGGAGCAAGUUGGACUGCAGGUGGUUGAGUGUGAACUUGUAAAGCAGAUAUUGGAUCAGCACAAGAGCAAAGAGGAGCUCAUCCAGGAGAUACAACUGCUGCUCCAAAGGUCCCCAACUGUGAGAACAAAUCUACUGACGGGUGCCUUGCAGCAGUUCGUCCCGUCGUUGGAGCUGGUGAACAGAAAGCUUCCCUUCGGCCUGGCGGAGACGGGUCUGUGCUUCCAGUCUUCAGCUGCUUCUGGUUGCUCGGCUGAAAUCACGCAGACGUCUCUGGUUUGGUUCUGUUCUCCUCGCACUUCUUCUCAGUGGCUGGACCACUGGACUCGACAGCGGCUGAAGUGGUGGAAGAAGUUCGCUCUUUCCCCGUCGGACUUCAGCAGCAUUGAAGUCCCCAAGCAGGAGCUGGAGGACGCAGCUUCACGCGGCGUGCGGAUCUUGUACAAUUUUCCGUGGGGAAGCGAGGCUCUGGAGACGCUGUGGAGUCGAGGAAACGCUGAACUUCUGCGCGAACAUAAAGGAGCGCGCUCCAAACUGCAGUGUCGAGAUGGCCAAAAGUCGGUUCCUCACGUGGUCUCGAUAAGCGGGAACAUGGACCGCGGCGUGAUGGCUUUUCUGUCCAACUCCCUCCAGCAGCUGAAGAGAGAGGAGGGCCGGCAGAAGCUGCAGCAGAGAAAGGUUCUGAAGCUGCAUCCGGUGUUAGCUCCGGUUAAAGUGGCUCUAAACAUCGGAAGAGGGCCCGCCGUGGAACUGAGGCAGGUUUGCGGCGGCCUCCUGCAGGAGUUUCUGGAAGCUAAGAUCUUCACAUGGCCGGGAUAUCUUGAAACUGUGCCGACAUCAGCAGAGCAGCAAAGCGCCAAAUACGAUGAGAUGGGGGUUCUGUUCUCCGUGGUGAUCAGUGAGAACACACUGGAGAACGGCCUCGUUCAGGUCCGCAGCAGAGACACAACCAUCAGGGAGACCAUGCACAUUUCAGAGCUCAGAAACUUUCUGUCCAGAUACAUCUCUGCAGCUGAAAACAUCUGAAUAAAAUCUAUAACUGUGGAAUCUUUUA